UCAUUUUCAUUCAUUGUAAAUUUUGUAACGACAAUAUUUACUUCUAGCAGUUUUCUGCUAUCGAUGUUCCAAGUGUCUUAUAAUUUAAUGUUAAAAUGAUUCUAUAUUUAUUGUUUGUAUAUUUUUAAAAAAUUAAGUACUAUGGGGACAUUUUCAAAUUGCAUUGCUAAAUGAUUUUCAGUAUUAUCUAUUCAUUUUAACUGAGUUCUGAUCGCUAAUGCGGAAAUAAUUUUGAAAAAAUUCUGAUUGAAUAUUGUAGCAAAAUGACAUCUUUGGUUGGAGAUCAUUGGAAGCUAAUUCAAAGGUUGGCUUUGUUAGCAUAUGUCCAUAGAGGAGAAGAUUCAAAAGAUCUCUAUAAAGCUGUGAUUGCUGCUAAGGUUCUGAAAGGGUUUUAUGAUGAUAUUGUUCAUAAUGAUCAUAUAGAAAAAGCAAGAGAAGAAGCAAUUUUGGCUAUAAGUCAGUAUGUCAAAGAACAUCCUAGAGCUUCAGAACGAGAGUUGCAACGAGAAGUUGAAAAGCAGAUAGCUAUAUUUGUAGACAAAAUUAAAUAAAUUUUGUUUGCUUAACUGUGCUGUAUAUUUAAAAUAUAAAUAAUUUUUAAUUUUAAACCAAGUUUUUGGUAGUUAUUGAUUGUUUAAUCAGAUUUAUAACAUAAGGCUAUUUAUUCAGGAUGCUAAUUAAGCCCUUCUGAAUUUUUUCCCCCAUGAAAAAUGGACUUAUAACUAAAGAUCUAAAUAAAAAUGAAUACCUCAAAAUUGAAGUUUAAUAUUUGCUUAGAUAGAUGUAGAGUUUUAAUUUGUAUUUCAUUAACUUUUUUUGUAAUCAAUCAUAUCACUUUACAUAAUCUAAAAUGUAUGUUAUUUGAUCAAAGGUAGUUUGAUAAGUUUACAAUUAUGAACUUUUUUUAAUAAUAUUUGUCUAGAUAUCAUCAAAAUAUUAAUAUUAAACUGACAUUUUUAAAUAGCUAUGUUUGAAAAUUCCAGUUAAUUUUAGAUACAUACUUACAAUGAUUUUAUAUAUUUUUAUGUGUAUUUUAAUUUUAUAUUUGUAUUUACAUAUAAUCUGAAGGGGCCAUAAGUAUUGAAUAGGUUUCUUUUUAUUUAUUUUCCAAAAUCAAAAGUUUUGCUUGAUUAGUUAUGGAUGUGUUAAGUUCAAAUUUUGUAAACUUAUACACUGGAAAUAAUAAUAAAAAUGUUUUGGCAACUGUU